AUGGAGAUUUUCAUUUCUGCGUUGAUGGGUGAACUCAUAUCAAGAUCCAUGAGUUCCAUCAUCAACAAAUACUCCAAGCCACCGGCGGAGGCCGUGGAGGCUGGCUUAGAGAGGAUUCUACUCGGGGGGCAGGUCAUCAUCGACGAGGCCAUGGGGCGGCACAUCACAAACCAUGGAAUGCUCCAGCAGCUUAGCAUGCUGAGGUAUGCCAUGUACCAAGGCUACUAUGUGCUCGACACCUUCAGAUGCCAAGCGUACCAAGAAGAGGAGAAUAUUCAGGCUGUGAGUCAAUCUGGGGUCGUGUCCAAAUUUCGUUGUGCACAAUGGCUCUGUCUCUCCAGCGGCAGCAGCAAGAAAACAUCAGAAGCGCUUGAAGAGGCCCUCGACGGUUUGAGAUCCAUGAUUCUUGAUGCCAGUGAGAUGGUGAGGUUCCUGACAACAUAUCCUCGCUUGCAUCGUCAGCCUUACAGCAUGCAUCUCUUGCUGGACAAGUGCAUGUUUGCCCGCCAGAGGGAGACAGAAGUAGUUAUGAACUUCCUUCUGUGCACACAAUCUUGCACUGGUAGCUUCGAUGUGCUCCCAAUUGUUGGUCCAGAGAAUGUUGGAAAGAGCACUCUUGUCGGUCAUAUCUGCGAAGACGAAAGAGUACAUGAUCGUUUCCCCCAGAUUAUUUUUUUCAGGCAUGAUAAUUUCAGAGCUGAAGACGUAGCCGCUUUGAGAGGCAGAUGA